AAAACAAAGCUCCUUGUUUUUAUAUUUAGGCUACCUUAUUUUUCUAGCAUGUUUCCUACGGUCCAGUUGGACAAGACAAUCAUUCUCUUUUGGCUUCAGUCAUUUGCUUUAGCAAUAUUUGACCUUUUUUAUGCUCUAUUAUUUGCAAGAUGUAGGCUAUAUCAUAUGGCUACAGGUUUAGGGGUCCAAACAUGCAAAGCUUUAUAGAUAUCGAUGUCUAUUACACUCAACAACAAGGCUGCUCUUCAGUGUAUUCAGCACUGCCAUGCAUGCUGAGGCUUUGAGAGGGUGCAUUUGCUUUAUUUAGAUUUGUCAUGUGUAGAUAAUACUCCUGGAUUCAUACAAAGUGGAGCUUGGCAGUGGUCAGUCCUUUGAGUCUGGUAAAGAAACUUGAUCACUUGGUGGUCUGAAGUCAUGUGUGGUCCAAAGGGAUGAGGCAGAUGGGGCUAGUCAUACAGUUUCCUGCCAGCAGUGAUUCUGAAGAGGACUAUCAAAAAACAAAGUACUGAGGACAAAUCCAGAGAUGAAUCCAAACCUUGUGAGCCGCUGGUUAGAUCCCUGGAAAGGCUCCAGGAAGUGUUUAAUGUUUCCUCUAUGAAUACCAUGAAGUCUCGUCUGGAAGUAAUUGCCAAACGCCAAGGAAUGGGCUUUCACAUCACUGAGGCCACAUGCUACCUGACAGCUGAUCUGUUCUACCUGGAGGUGGUCUUACUGCCAUGUGGCGGGGUGGAGGAGGUAAAAGUGGCCCUGCAUGGAGAAUCCCCUGUUCCCAGUGAGUCUCUCCUUCAGCUGCUGAGGUCAAAACAGUUUGCUGAGUUCUCCGUGAAGUUGGCAGGCCUCUUCGCCCAGUACAACAUCCCUGAAGACAAUGAAAUCAAAUUAAAAUUGUUUGCAUCUCUACAAUGCCUCGGGAAAGACUUGCAGCAAAUAUCACAUUUGCCAAGGGUUCCAAAAGAUGCUGACCCCCAAGUGGAUAUGAUUAACAAUGGCAGGAUUGGUUGUCUGAUAGCUGGAAAAGAAGAUUGCCCCCUGACUAUCCAGUUCUAUAUCACCCCGACUGAACUGAAGACGUCAGAUAUACAAAAUAUGAGGGAGACAGUCGUCCAGGCAGCCCAGGUGACUGUAGGUGUCAGCGAUGUGACUCACAAGCUUCAGAUGGCAUCUGUGAUCCCACAGCCUCCACAGCUGGAUGCCCAGGGAUAUCCUGUGUUCCUGCCGUUGGGUGAGGGGCUGUAUGAGACGUCGGCUGCCUGCUUUCUUAUGAAACUGCAGCCAGAGAUACCAAUGACUCUUUCUUUCGUAAACAAGCUCAGCCAAAUUACAGAUGUGACAAUACCAGAUGUUGACCUGCAGUGGGCACCCUUACCCAAGCUUCUGAUGAGACAUUUACCAAGUGCUAACAGCCACAGGGAGACAUUAAAUCAGCAGGAUGCUAUUUUUACAGUGCCUCUUCCUGGUGGUGUGAUGCACAGUUAUGUUCUCCCUGGAGCAGCAUGGGAGGUGCCUGCCCACAGAGCGACUGUCAUGGACAGUAUUCCCUUCACCCACCCUGCCCAUGUCCCAGCCCUGCUGCAGCUGCUUCGACAACAGUGUACCAUCAACACCCUGCUGAGGAGCUGUAUGACCACUCAGUGUGCCAGAACAGGUUCAGUGUGUGAGCAGCACUUGGAAGUCCUUCCGGAGUCAGAGACCAGCUUCUCUGUGACCUUCCACCGACCUGACACUGACACCCUUGCUGUUUUGCUGGUGAAUAUAUCUGACGCUCAUCAGAUUACCUGCACUUUGUUUGGAGCAGGAAUAGAGGAUCACUCUGUGGAUGAAAACCUUUCCACUAUCAUGAAGAGGUGCACGUCCAUUCCCGUGACCUUGAGGAUGUUAUACAGCAAGCUAGAGGAGAUCACCUCUGCCCCACUUUCUCCCAGCCGCCCGGCCACCUCAAAGGCUGAAAAUGACCACUAUGCUCCCUCAAGCGGCACUGUGGCAGACCCCAACAGCGCCUUAACCACAUUCUCCCAGAGUGCAGCUGUGCCAGAGGACACUUUCAGUGUUCAGCCUAGUUCCGCCUGCUAUGCCAUGUCAGUUUCCAAAUCUGAGCUUCUUCCUGAAAUAAAUACAAGUCUUCCUGUCAACCUUUACCCAUUCAAUCCUGUUGGCAUGUUUUCACAUUGGACGACCAAUAAUGGCCACCUGUCAGAGCUGAUCUGAAACUGUGUGUGCAUUACAUGUUUAAGCCUCUUAAAAAUGUGUUUAAUUAAAUAAAUGUUUUGGUAAAGCAA